AUGUCCGAAUCAAGUUACUUUAGUUACGGUGAUAAUGGAACAUUUUCUCCCCCUAUGGAUGUAACAAAUCAAAUUCAAAAUGGAACUAUACAACAUACGAGUGGAAAUUCAAAUUAUUCAAGUGGUUCCGGUGGUGAUUCACCAACAUCAUUAAGCCCGGUUCCCAUGUCAUCUGGUGGACAAUUUAUGGGUAUUGGCGGAAAUUCAAAUUCAUCAACAAGUUCAACACCAACAGCAACAACAAGUGGUGGAAUGGGUUCAGCAGCAGCAGCAGCUGCUGCAGCUGCUGCUGCUGCAUCUCGAUAUGCUUGUGUUAUAUGUGGUGAUAAAGCAUCGGGUAAACAUUAUGGUGUUCAUAGUUGUGAAGGUUGUAAAGGAUUUUUUAAACGUACUGUACGAAAAGAUUUAACAUAUACAUGUCGAGAUAAUCGAGAAUGUAUUAUUGAUAAACGACAACGUAAUCGUUGUCAAUAUUGUCGUUAUCAAAAAUGUAUUAAUGUUGGCAUGAAAAAGGAAGCUGUUCAAGAAGAACGACAAAAAUCCGGUAUGAAUGGUGAAGGUGAAUCACCAUCAUCACCUAGUGCAAGUAUAGGAAGUGGUAGUACAAGUACACAUAUGGGUAUUGGUUCAUCCGGUUCCAAUAGUGAUGAUGAAAUGUUAAUUGAAAAAUUAAUUGCAGCUGAAUUAUCUGUUGAACCAAAAAUUGAUGCAUUUCAUGAAGAAGAAUGUUCAUAUGAUCGUUUAUUAUCAACAACUAAUUCUCAACUUGCACAAUUAACUGAUUGGGCUAAACGUGUACCACAUUUUUCAACAUUAUCACUUGAUGAUCAAGUUGCACUUGUACGCGCAUCAUGGAGAGAUAUAUUAUGUUGUUCACUUGCAUAUAGAUCAAUUAUGGCACCAGAUUGUGGUCUUAUUUUAUCUGAUGGUUCUUAUGUUCGACCUCAUACAGCCGUUGAUCAAUCUCUUCAAUUUUUUAUUACACGCCUCUAUCACGAUGUCGUUACAAUAAUGCGUGAAUUAAAUGUUGAUAAGGUCGAAAUAACAUGUCUCAAGGCUAUUUUUCUUUUUGAUCCUGAUGCUAAAGAUGUUGUUGAUACAUGUCGUGUAUCAGAAUUGCGAGAAAAAGUGUGUAUGUCAUUAGCGUCUUAUUGUAAAAAAGUGCAUAGUGAUGAUGUAGCACGCUUUGCUAAAUUACUUCUUCGUAUGCCACCUAUACGUGGUUGGUGUAUAAAAGGUAUUGAAAAUUUAUUUUUUGCUGGUGCAGCACGUUCAGCUGAUUCUGAAAUAAUUCAUAUGAUUCGAAAUCGUCAACUUUAA